GAGUUCAGGAAGUUGAGGCAGAAGGGGAGGGCUGACACACUUAAACAUAUUUUCCCUUUGCGUUUGAGUUUUUCCCUUUUCAGUCCUGCUCAGACGGGAGAAAAGAGUGGGGCGGGGGGGGACAGAGUACAAGGCGGGGUCUCAAAUGGAGCUGAAGGGCUGACAGAGAGCAGUCCAACACUGAAUCUGUGGAAAUAUGAUGGAAGCCAGCGUCGUUCCCCAGGACACUGGCCACACAAGUGAUCUGAUAGGACCACUUGAUACAGCAUCCAUCCCCUCAUCUUCUCCCAUAUCUCCUACCUUGCUGCCGUUGAACCUUCCUGCCCGUCCAUGUCGACCCAAGCCGCUGCCUCCUACAGCAAAGUCCACCCAGCUCCCCUCUCGACCUCCUCUACCUCCAUCCACACCUCCGUCCCUACCUCCUCCUCUCCCACCUGUCUCCAAACCUCCUGCCCCUCUCUCCUCCAAUCCUCCUCCUCCCUCUGAUCCUCCAUCUCUCCCCUCCAACCACCUUCCACCAUCUUUUCUGCCUCCCAUCUCCCCCACUCCUGUCCCUCCUCCUCCUCUAGUGUCUCUACAGUCAACUGUGUCUAGUGAUCCGACUCCCACUAUGACUCCUUAUUCCCCUGUUCUUCCAUCCUCUCCCAAUGUCUCAUCCUCCUCCACUUCCUCAUUACCCCCUCCACCUACCCCUGUUGUCCCGUCCAUCUCUCCAACUCCUCCAUCAUUACUGAGUCCUAUCGAUCGCCUGGUCGGGAGCGCCUCAGUAUGGCAGCCCAAAGGACUCAGCCAGGACCAAGCGCCGAGUAUACUGGAGAAAGAGACAGAUGGGGCCUUCCUGGUUCACAGCACAGAAGACAAGGAACUCACACUGUCAGUACGCCUGCCAGAUGACCAGGGGGUGCCGCUCGUACACAGUGUGAUGGUCAAGCAGCACAAGACAUUUGUUCAUUUAGACGGUUCCUCCCUGGUGUUUGAUGACAUCUUCAAACUGAUCUCCUUCCACUGCACCAGCAGGGACAUCCUGACCGUCCGACUGAGGUUACCCCGGGCCAUUACAACGGCAACUAAGAGAGAGGAGCUGGAGGUCAUCUCUGCUUUGGGUGCAGAUUUCUGGAUGUCGGAGCUGCACCAGCAGGCAAAGAACCAGGACCUGGUUCUGGAUCAGAACAGUCUGUACAUGUACGUCGACCCGGUCACUGUAGAGGACAGCCCCAACAAAAACCUGAACCCUUCCUCUGUGUCCAAUCAAAACAUUGCCUCCUCCCUGCAGAAUGGAGAAGCCCCACAGAAAGACAGCCAAGAGGACAAAACUCAGUCCAAGGCCACGACCAACCAGGAGAUUAAAUACAAACGCCCCCCACCCCGCCCACCCAGCCUUGGCUCAGGCUCUGGGAUGGGCCUCCUCUUCUCCUCUCCCCCCUCGCCUCACCCUCCAUCUUCUGUAACUCUAGCAGCUGUGAGAAAAGAGGAAGGAAGGGGAGGAGGUGAGGAGAAAGAAGAGAGGAAGUCAAUGUCAACAUCACCUUCUCCGUCGAGGCCUCCUGUCCCCCCGCAGAGCCGUGGUGCUCCGCCUCUGCCUCCUGCUCCUCUCCGUCGCACCUCCUCCAGGAAAAACACUGACCAAGAGGUAGGAGAGGGGACGGAGAGAGAGAAGGGACAAAAUCCUGACAGGAGAGCUGAGAAAAAUGUGGGAGGAGACAGAGGACAAGAGAACACAGGAAGUAAAUCAGGUCUGCUGAGUGAGGGAGUUGAAGAAGAGAGCAAUAGCCAAAAUCCAGAGGAGGUAAAAACAGAUAGAGAAAAGAGUGAGAAACAGGAUGAGAAUGGGGAAAAAGAGGUCAAAAUGGGAAAAGAGGAGAACAAACUGAAAUCUGGUUCACAGUGUCCGUCAUUAGUGAAGAGACCGUCACGUCCAGUCCCUCCACCUCGGAGGAAGCCAUGUUCCCCAGACGCACCUGUGUGCCCCAACCAGGCUGAAGGAGGUUUAGCCAAUCAGAGUGCCGGGAUGAAAGUCCCACCUCCCUCGCCAGCGCGGAGGCCAGAUGUGUCACUGUACUCACCACAGGGAGGCGCUGCUCUGGUAACUGACCCCGACUCCUGCUCUACCAGCAGCACAGAAGAAGAAGGAGAGCCGAACCAGGAACAGGAGCUGAACCACAGUCGUCCUGCAGAGAGCCGUAGUCCCAAGGCAGCAGUGAGGAGGACCCCCACCACCAUUAUGUUAGGCCGAGCCCGCUACCGCCUGUCCAGCGUCAUCACCGGCUUCAUCAGCCAUGACCGCCGCCUCACACAGCGCAUUGUGGAGCUGGCCAGGGAUCCUCUGAGCUACUUUGGCAACCUGGUCAAAGAGCACCGUGCUUUCACCCUGGAGACCAUGACAAACCACUCCUCGUCCACCGAGCUGUUGCAGGAGAUCAGACAGAUGAUGACUCAGCUGAAGAGUUACCUGCUGCAGAGCACAGAGCUGCAUGCCAUGUUGGAGCCGCAACAUCAGAAUGUCCAAGACAAACUAGAGAGCAUAGUAGAAGCUGCCCUGUGUAAGAGUGUGCUGAAGCCACUAAGGGAGCCAAUUUACAAGUGUCUGGAGACACUACACUCCAACGACAACAGCCUGAAACAACUGACACAUAACCAGUCUGUUCUUCUAGGAAGCACCACCACAGCCUUAGGAGUAACCACUUCUGUCCCCGAGGCCUCUGCCAUGGACAAGAUCAGCAUCAAACUGAACAACCUCCAUCUAGACUAUUCACCCCAGAAAAAGAUCGAGCUCCUGCUGAAGGCCUGCAAGAUCAUCUACGAGUCCAUGUCCGUCAGCUGCCCCGGGCGGGCCUACGGCGCUGAUGACUUCCUGCCUGUAAUGAUGUACGUCUUGGCCAGAUCCAAUCUGUCCAACCUGCAGAUGGAUAUCGAUUAUAUGAUGGAGCUGAUGGAUCCAUCACUAACAAUAGGAGAAGGUUCCUAUUAUCUGACCACCACCUAUGGCGCUCUGGAGCACAUAAAGUCUUUUGACCAGCAGAGGUCAGCAACACGGCAGCUCAGCAGAGAGGUUCAGGACUCCAUCCACCGCUGGGAGAGACGACGCACACUCAACCAGGAGCGAAUGGCCCAAGGAUCUGUGCGGGACUUCCUGACAGUGUGUUGUCCUGAGAUUGGAACCGACCCCAAAACUCUGGGUGUCCUCCCCACGACGACCAUCGAGCAGCUUUCUGAGCAGUGUGCUGCUCGCUUUGAACAAGACUGCUACACACUCAGUGUGUAUAUGGAUGGUGUUGAGCGGCCCCUGGCCUCUACAGAGCUGGCCCUUAGUGUUAAGAACAGCUGCCAGCCCGGAGCCUACUGCUUUGUCUAUCACCCCAUCGAGGACCCCGGCAAACAGCCUGGCCGCAUCUGCCCCAGUGAUCCGCCCCCUGCUCUUCCUACAGAGAGCUUCUUCGCUGCUGACGAAGUCACAGUGGAGCCGGAGGCGGAAGAAGAGGACAGUCUGAUUAGUUUGUAACUGCUCCAGCAACACAGUUGAUGCUGCUGUAUCACUAUGGCAACCAUCAACACAAGUGCACCUGAAAUAUUUAUCUAAUUCAGAGUCCAGACGCACGUGGACUAUAGCAUGCAAGAUAACUGAAGGAUCGACUCUGAGCAAACAUGUUACUCUCUUCUAAUGCAUCAAUGAGGUGGGGACCGGUCUUGUGUCCACACAGUCAGCUGUGGUCCCCUAACUUAAGGCAGAGGAGAGAUGAAGGACUCUUUGUGUUUUUUUAACAAGGGGUCUGGAACCCCAGGAACUACAGGAGUAUAUGUUUUUUUUAAAUGUAAAAAUGCAUGUAAUUUCAAAAUACACGUACAUUACCAUGUUAAGCUUUUCACGCUUUAUGAUACUUGAUGCUUGAGACAAAUUGGUGUAGACUAUAAGUUACUAAAUAUAUUGGUUCAAGAUAAUAAGAACAGGACAAAUCUGUACAUUUUUUUUAAACAAUUCCACAUCAUUUUAACCAAUUUUACGUUGUGAUAAAUAACCUCCCAAAACACUUAUUUGAAUGGGGAAAACUCAUUGAGACUCUUAUUUAAAGCAGAGGUAUAUAAGCAGCUAUAUGAACCAAUUAUCAAUAUUCAUUCCAGAAGUGUCCUUCCACAUUUGUUUUCUAUAUACUGAUACUAACUAUAUUGUAAAUAAACUGGUUUUCACAGUU